UCCAUCGACUCCGCAGCCCUGCCCCUGACGUUACUCAAAUGACGUUGCAUGCGUUCCGUUAGCUUAUGAUGAAUCGCGUUUGGAACAGAGGUCCUAAGGAACCAAGUACAGAGAGAACAGAAGUUUGAGUGUGAAUGCUGCUAGCGUGCCAAUGGUGCUGGCGCUGGGGUGAUAGCGUUUUACAAUGACGUUAUAGUAUAGCGUCAGAGUGGAGUUUGUUGAUAUUGCCAUGGAAACCCAACGCACUGACGUGCAUAGCGCUCUGCCGUGAAACACCGCCCAUGAGCUGUCAGAUUUGUUUGCUGGUUGCAGAGUCUGUGGUGCAGCUCUGCCCUGAAUGUGUUGAUAAGUUUUCAGACUGCCCAAGACCAAUGAGAGUUUUCUCAUGUCUGAUGUAGAGAGAACAUUGUGGUGUGGAAAUCUGUCCGCAGAUGUCUCAGAUGAGAUCCUCUACGAAUUGUUUCUUCAGGCGGGCCCCCUGGCGCGGGUGUCCCGGCCCCGGGACCACCAGCAGCAGCAGCCGCGCCCGUUCGCCUUCAUCACCUACGAGCACGAGGAGUCGGUGCCGUACGCCGUGGAGCUGUUCCAGGGCACGGCGCUGUACGGCCGCGCGCUGCGGCUGCAGGCUCAGGGCGCUCAGGCGAAGGCGAAGUUAGCGGCGUCCUCUAACGGCUCGGCUGAGCAGCGUUCUGGCGCGGGCGGCGCUGGCAGUCGCGGCGGCGACCACAGGAGCGCGGAUCACCACCAGGGCCGCAGGCCGGAAAGGUAUCGGCCCGGCGACGACGGCGAGCGGCCGGGCGGCAGACGCGGCGACCGGUACAGCGACAGAGCCGGAGACCGCUACGGCGCAGACAGAUACGGAGACAGAGGCGGGGACAGGUACGGAGACAGGUACGGAGACAGGAGCAGGAGCGGGGACAGGUACGGAGACAGAGGCGGGGACAGAUUCGGCGAGAGGAGCCGGCACGGCGGCGAGCAGCCCGACCGGCACGCCGGCCGCCACGGCUACCACGACGACCGCGAGCGGGUGGUGUACGAGGACUCGUACGGCGGCGGCGGCUCGGCGCAGCGGGCGUGGUCGGACGCCGCCGGCCGGUCGGAGCGGCGGCGACCGCAGCCGCGGGACGACGACGGCUGGCGGCACCGGCCCGACGAGCGGCCGCCGCAGCGGCGCGGCCGCUGGUGACUAGUGGGUCACCUGCUGGCCAGGCCCAUGUCGGGGACGAGUCCGGCUGUGUGGCGAACUAAACUGGCACUGUGUUAUCCAGAGUGAGUGAGUGUCAUGGACCCACUGUGUACUCUCGCCAUCGUCGCCUUCAUUAUCAUCAUCAGAACUGUUGGAUACUGUGGAUUACCCUCCAAAGGCUGUGUGGAAGGCUAACUUCUCUCUCUCAACUGGGGCUAGCUGAGCAAAGAGACGUGCGUGAGUCCUGUAGGCUUUAAAUUGCUUGGUUUACACCAACAUUUAGGUUUUCUAUUUAGUAUUUGGUAUAUUUCAUAUUUAAUAUGGAAGCUUAAAUCAAUGAGACGGUGCUGGCCUGUCAUACUGUCAUGCUGGCCUGUUGCACUGGUCUGUCAAAUUAUUCAUCAGUCUUCAUUUGUGGUAGGCUGCAACGACUAAUAUCUGAAGUUGCUGAUUGAAAAUCAUGCGCAGUUUUGAUUCUUAUUGUAGCUUUGCUUCAUGCCCUGUUUUAAGUGUUCAUUUUCACAGAUCUUGCCGGCCAUAGUGAUUUGAUUAACAGGAAUUAAUCUAAAUUUUCACGUCUCUUGUGUCCAAGUUGUAAGUCGAGAGCGUUUUACGAUAUCUGUGACAUUGACGUUAAUCGUUCAAUUCUUUGCAUCGUCAUUGGUGUGAAUAUAUCAUGUUCAUGACUCUUGUGCAUAUGUUAAGUGCUGAUAUUUCAAUGUGGUGCAAAAGGUGCUCAGAGUGCUUGAGAAAUUGAUUCGCUGGUUCUGCCCUACCGGACGCUAAGAUCAACUGCUUAUUAGGGUGGUCGGUGUGCACUGGGGUGACUGUAGUUUCGUCACCCCGACCUUUUCGGGAGCAUUCAGUGAACUUUGAACAGACUGCUGGAACCACACGCGGCUGCUAGGCUAACCCGGAGAUGACGUCUGAUUUCAUGUGCUGCAACCGUCCCGAAACGAUGCUAAUAUAUUUUUGGAACGCG